GCAAAAGAAGAAGCAUCAAACUGGAUGUAAUACCUGAUUAGUCGGCUCUUUCGUUGUUGCCUGUGACUCAGUUUUCUUCUGUUAGACAAAUAAAUUGGUCUUAUUUCUGAAACGUACAAGGGAGGGAGCCUUCCCCUGUCUGAGUGAUCCCUGAUGGGCGGGUGGUCUCGCAGUGCGGUGUUGGAGCUGUACCGGGCGCUGCUUCGUGCAGGGCGUCACCUUCAGUACACUGACCGUAACUACUACUAUCGUGUUGUGGCUCUUGAGUUUCGCCACUGUCAAACUCUGACAGCACCUGAGCAGAAAGAGGCUGCACUGAAGCGAGGUCAGUUUUUCCUCAGCAGCAGAUUAGGCGGCCUUAUGUAGGAGGAGGGAGGAACAGACAUCUGGAGGAGGACAUACUGGUCAGCAUCUCCUAGACAGGAUGGCAGGGGUGAAUGGAGACCGGAAAGGGAAGAAAGAUGACAAUGGGAUUGGCACAGCUAUUGACUUCAUGCUUUCUAAUGCCAAGCUGGUCCUGGGUGUGGGAGGAGCAGCCAUGCUUGGUAUUGCAACACUAGCUGUCAAAAGAAUGUAUGACCGUGCCAUGAGUGCUCCCACCAGUCCAACAAAGAUGCAGCAGACUGGAAAACGCAGCUGGGAGGAGCCUGCCUGGAUGGGUUCGUCCCCACGGGUUCUAAAUCAUGACAUGAAGUCCACAGUCAGCAGGUCACUGCAGUCUCUGCCCACGUCUUCACAUUCUUUUGAUCCAGACUAUAAGCGGAAGGGCUGGGCAGCUGUUGGUGGCAGUCGUGCUGCGCAGUCAGGCCUCCUGCGGGCCCGAAUGCGUUUGUCCUUGCAGGAACACCUCUGGGCGUUCUACCAUAAUCACGUCAAUAUCCCUGUUGAGGAGCAAGCUCUGGCCAAGAAAGCAGCUUUAGACAUCUGCGCUGAGCUCAGAGUCUUUAUUCACGCCAAACUGCCUGACAUGCCACUGAGAGAGAUGUACCUGAGUGGAAGUCUGUAUGAUGACCUGCAGGUGGUAACGGCCGAUCACGCUCAGCUGAUGGUGCCUCUCAUCUUAGAGAAGAACUUGUGGUCAUCUGUUCCUGGUGAGGACACCAUCAUGAACGUUCCUGGUUUCUGGCUUGUCCGCAGGGAAAACCUAGAAUAUUUCCCACGGAGCAGCAGCCACUGGGACCGUUGCCUCGUUGGAGGUUACCUCUCUCCUAAAUCUGUGCUGGAGGUUUUCGAUAAGCUUGUGGCCGGUUCCAUAAACUGGCCAGCAAUAGGGAGCGUCCUCGACUACAUCAUCCAUCCUGUGGUUCCGUCAGAAACUCUCACACUAGAGGUGCAGUAUGAAACCAACCGGAAGCUGUAUGUGGACUUCCUGCCUUUGCUUGUGAUGGAAGAUGGAACCUCGCUGAUUGCUAAACCACAUCGUCUUGCGGCGGAGCGCCAUGAAAACCUUUGGCGACAGAGUUUUCGUGUGGCUGAGACGACACGGCUCAGAGCUCUGGAUCAGGAGGAUGGGGGCUGCAGAUGCACCUGCCUGAAGGUGGCAAAAGCAGUGUGCAAGCUUAACGCUGCUCUUAACCGGCUCAAUUCCAGCCAGCUCACCAAUGCCAUCUUGUUACUGAGUGAACAAGAAGGUGACUGGACCCAAGAGGUGUUGGCUGACCGCUUCCUCCAGCUGCUACGGACACUAGUAGGACACCUAGAGGCUGGGACUCUGCCUUGCACUUUCAACCCAAAGGUAAACUUGUUCUGUGAGUUAACACAUCAGGAAGUGGAUGAACUGGGGUAUACCCUCUACUGUGCUCUGUCAGAUCCAGGAGGUCUGCUCAGAACUGCUGUAGCACCGCCCGCCCCUCUAGGAGAAUCUCUGAACUGAGGAGAGUCAUUAAGCAGUGAUGUGGCUCUAAAGUGACGCUGGGGGAGAUACCUACAGAAAAAAGCAUGCGUGUUCCCAUUGUCUCGUUAAACACAGUAUGUCCGACAUGUGUUAAAGUGGAAGUUUCUGUGUCAAAAUUGUUGACCAAAGUUACAUGAGGUGUGAUCCAAUUUUAAUUAAAGCUGUCACUAAGCCAUUGUAUUAAUGAAGAGGAGAC